GUUUUGGAAUAGUGCGCUACUACGUUGUACCUAUCCUUCCUAGAACGUAAUUGUGAGUGAAACAUCCCUACUUUGUUUAUCAUCCCCAUGUGUUCAGCAGUUGAUCGUACUUCCGAUUUUAUACGUUCCGUUCAACUUAGUCGUUCUAAAUUGAGUGACUUUAAGCGUCAAGAUGAAUUAUCUUCUAAUUCACUUGGAAAUCACGUAAUGGACCACACAUCUUUGGGUAUGCCUAAGGCUAAUUCUAAUGAUUCCGUAUUUGAAAACAAUAUUUCACACAAAAUUAAUGUUCUAAAUGGAUCUAUCAAGAAUCAAGAUCACUCUAAUAAAAAAUCUGCUGCUCUUAGUCAGCGUUCGCAGUUUACGAAAGCGGCUUCAGUUAUUAGUCAAGAUCUAACAAAUACAUUUUCUAAAUUGGAACAGUUGAAUGCAUUAGCUCGAAAGCAAACGCUGUUCGAUGAUCAUAGUUCGGAAAUUCAACACUUGACAUAUGUUAUAAAAGAAUCUAUAGCGAACCUAAACAAUAGGAUUGCUAAUUUACAAGAAAUUUCGAAAUCUCAGGUAUCUGUUGGGAAACAACAAUCUACACACUCUCGUUCCGUACUAAUGGUUUUGCAAACUCAUCUCGCUAAAAUGUCUGAUCAAUUUCGAGGAGUGUUAGAAUACCGUUCUAAGAAUAUAAAGUCACAGAAUGCUCGUAAAAGCAAAUAUAGUUCAUUGGAUGACAAGUAUGAAUCAUCUGAAACAAUGUCAUCUGUAAAACCUCCACAUGUUGUUAUCCCGUCAGUUUUGUUAAAAGAUGAUGAACGUGCCAGAGAAGCUUUACUCAGUGAAAAACAAGGAAAUGAUGGACUGGAUGGUUUAGGGAAUUUAGGACUAUCUACUCUACCUGUAAACUCAAAUUUAGGACUUGCUCAAAAAUAUAUCAAUCCUGAUCAGACUGAUUCUUAUUUACAAUCUCGAUCAGAUGCAAUGCAAAGUAUUGAACAUACAAUUGUUGAACUGGGGCAAAUUUUUCAACAAUUAGCUACUAUGGUACAUGAACAAGAUGAAUCAAUUCGUCGUAUUGAUGCUAAUGUUGAUGAUGCAACAGUUUCAAUUGAAGCUGGUCAUUCAGAAUUACUCCGUUAUUUUCGUUCAAUUAGUUCAAGUCGAUGGCUUAUGAUUAAAGUAUUCUUUGUUUUAAUUAUAUUUUUUGUAAUAUUUGUUGUAUUUUUUGCUUGAUUUUCCCUCUUUUUCUUUUUGUAAUUUAUUAUCAUUAUAAUAAAAGAAUAUAUGAAUGAAGUGGAAGGUGAAACACAUAUUGAAAUACCUCUCUUUACUAUCGAUUACUCAUAUUAAUAUGUUGCAUAAUCACACUAUUCUGUUUUUUUUGGUAACUUAUCGUUUUAUAGUUACAAACACACACACACACAAACAUGCAUAGAUACACAUAAAGUUUCAUACAUAUCCCGUAUGUAUGUAAGUACACAAAAGACAAUGGCAUAUAUGUCGUAAUAAUACACAGAGAAAUGGGAAAAAAACCCUACUGGAAUUCCAAAUAAGUAAUCGUGUUUAUUACUUCAUUUCGUUCUCAUUAAUUCAUAAAUGAAUAAAUAUCAAUCUGUCUUUCAUCCAAUCUACUCACUAUGUAUAAUAAUGAGUUUGUUUGUUAUGCUGUAGUUUGUUUAACUGUUGUGAAGUGGAUCAUUAUAGACAAUUAAGUAAAGAGUUAUAAUGAAAUAUAUAUUUUUUCUUUGUCUGGAUGUGUUUCGUUCAUUCUUUCUUGAUACUCUGAUUGUUUUCUUUUAUCCCUAUAUUCCUUUUUUUUCUGUAAUUCUAUCUGUAUCAUUGAUGCUGUGUUCCCUCCCUCCCCCCCUCCCCCUUCCCUCUCUCUCUCUCUCUCUCUCUAUAUAUAUAUAUAUAUAUAUAUAUAUAUGUCGACUAUGCAUCGUGUUUCUAGCGUACACACGAACUUCCUCUUAUACCUUUUCAGUCUACACUUUCAAUCUAUCACCUUCCAUGAAAUUGUGUACAAUGUGUAAAUCCAACAUGUUUAAUGAUAUCAUUUGAUCUUGUAUUUCUUUUUUUUGUUGUUGUGGUACCCAAACAGUUGAACUGUGCAACAUUGUUUCGUUGAAUAUAUAAUGACUCUAGGUCUAUCUAUCUAUAUCUCUGCCUUAUUUUAUAUAAAUGAAAGAGAUAAUUCCAUAAAUAUUACUGGUUUAAUUUAUAAACAUUUCAUAGAUUGUUAUUCAUUUGUAUUGUUAAUAUUUAGAUCAAAUAAUUUCAUUCAUUUUAACCUUUAUGACUUUCAUCUUUCCCCCCCUUUUUUUUGUUUAGAAAUUGUUUUGUGAUGAAUAGAUUGUAUUAAUUUUGUUGUUUUAUUUUAUUCUUUUUAUUCAUGUAAGGUGAAUUGUUUAGCUUUUCUUCUUUUCUUCUUUCAAAAGAAGGAAAGAAAGAAAGAGUACACAAUUCAGAGAGGGGUGAUAGGAUAUAUGUCCAUGAAUUUGUAGUGAAAUUCGUAUCUGCUUCUCAUUAUUUAAGAUAUUACUCAAUAUCUAGGCAUUUUUCUCAUUUAUUUAAUGAAUAAAUGCUACAUGUAAAAAA